UCAGCUGUGGAUUGGACUGGAAACAGCUGUUGGCAUCAGCUGCUUCAAGUGCACGCGAAUAGCAGAAACGUAAUCAAAAAGUGAAAAGGCAUAAAUUAUAAUAGUUUUCAAACAUAAAAUAAGUAAACACACAUAAAAUGAUAAAAUGUCAAAACUGCCAAAAUCUGCGCUUAGCUUAAAACAGUUCAUGCUGCGCCAGGAGGUGCUGAAGCUGUAUAGAGAAAUUUGGCGCACUACGCGGCUGGUGCCGGACCAGCAUAGCCGACAAGAGCUUAGGGCCUGGGCUCGCCACGACUUCCAAGCGAAUCGCAACCAAAGCGACGAGGUGGCCAUCAAAAUGCUGAUGCAGAGCGCCAGACGCAGCCUGACGGAGCUGCAGACCAGCCUCCAACUGAGCGGCACGAGCGUGAAGUGAGAAAAAUGCUUGCAUCUUUUAUUUGAGCUUUGCAAACUUGGCUGCUGCAAUCGAAUUACAGCGACAUAAAACACGAUAAUAAAUAAAUAAAGCU